AUGGCCUCCCGUCCAACUGUCAGCGUUCAUGGCGCCUCUGGCGAGGCGUCCACCUCGCUUCCUCUUCCCGCUGUUUUGACCGCCCCCAUUCGUCUGGAUGUUGUGUCGCAGGUUCACAAGAGCAUCGCGAAGAACCGCCGUCAGGCCUACGCCGUAUCGGAGAAGGCUGGUCACCAAACCUCAGCUGAAUCUUGGGGUACUGGUCGUGCCGUUGCGCGUAUUCCUCGUGUUGGAGGCUCAGGCACCCACCGUGCUGGUCAGGCCGCGUUUGGCAACAUGUGCCGUGGUGGUCGUAUGUUUGCGCCAACGAAGACCUGGCGCAAAUGGCACGUCAAGGUCAACCAAAACCAACGCCGCUUUGCCGUUGUCUCCGCCCUUGCCGCUUCUGCCCUCCCCUCCCUAGUUCUUGCUCGUGGCCACCGUAUCGAGCAGAUCGCUGAAGUCCCCCUUGUUGUUCCUUCGGCUGUCGAAUCUUUCCAAAAGACCAAGGAAGCUGUUGCUCUCUUGAAAAGCCUCAAUGCCUAUGCCGAUGUGGUCAAAGUGUCGAAUUCGCGCAAACUCCGAGCUGGAAAGGGCAAAAUGCGCAAUCGGCGCCACCGUCAGCGUCGUGGCCCGCUUGUUGUGUACGACGAAGACAAGGGCAUUUCCAAAGCCUUCCGCAACUUGCCUGGUGUUGAGAUCGUCAACGUCCGCCGGUUGAACCUUCUCCAGUUGGCUCCUGGUGGCCAUCUUGGUCGUUUUGUCAUCUGGACUGAGGGUGCAUUUGGCUUGCUUGACCAAGUCUUCGGCACUUUCGACAAGGUCUCCACCUUCAAGAAGGACUACCUUCUGCCAACGUCGAAGAUCACCAACCCUGAUGUCACCCGACUCAUCAACUCAGACGAAAUCCAGUCUGUUGUCCGUCCUGCUGGUCAAAAGGUUCAGAAGCGCCCAUGGACACAAAAGAAGAACCCGCUCGUCAACAAGGCGGUCCUCUUCCGACUCAACCCCUACGCCAAGUCCAUCCGCCGGCACGAAUUGCUCAAGCAAGAGCGUCUCAAGAAGAAGAACGCCAAGAAGCCCAAGCAGCCUUCCGCUGCUGGCGAAGCUUUCUCGGGCACUUUGUUCGCGCCUUGA